CCAAAUUCAAAAUGGCGGCAAAAAUUCGUGGAGUUCUUAUCGAUCUUAGCGGCACAAUUCACGUUGAAAAUUCAGUAAUUCCUGGUUCUAUACAAGCUCUCAAAAGACUUCGAGAAUCUGGCGUUACUGUUCGAUUCGUCACCAACACUACAAAAGAAUCAAAAUCUACCCUACUGAGACGUCUGACUGGCAUAGGAUUUGAUAUAAAAGACGAAGAAGUUUUUACUUCACUCACAGCUGCUCGUCGUGUAAUUGAGCAAAGAAGCCUGCGUCCAAUGUUGUUGUUGCAAUCGGACGCCAUUGAAGACUUUAAAGGCGUUGACGUAAACAAUCCAAAUGCAGUAGUAGUAGGACUUGCCCCUGAUUGUUUUAAUUAUGAAACCUUAAACAAAGCAUUCAGGCUUUUGCUGGAAGGUUGCCCUCUAAUUGCAAUUCACAAAGUACGAUACUACAAAAGAGGAGAUGGACUGGCACUAGGUCCAGGCCCCUUUGUUACUGCUCUUGAAUUCGCAACAGAUAUCAAAGCUGAAGUUUGUGGCAAACCUCAAGCUUCUUUUUUCAAACAGGCACUGUGUGAAAUUGGCUGUGAUGUGCAAUCUGCAGUCAUGAUUGGUGAUGAUGCAAGGGAUGACAUAAGUGGAGCAGAAUCCAUAGGGAUCAAAGGAUUUCUUGUUCAAACAGGUAAAUACCGAGAGGGAGAUGAAUGUCACCUUGAGAAGCCUCCCUUUGCAGUUUGUAAAGAUUUCUCUGUAGCAGUGGAUCAAAUACUUGCAAUGUUAUGAUGUAGCUUGGCAAAAAUCAGUCAGGAAAUCAUAAUUUAUGUAAAGCAAAUUGAACUCUAACUGUACAAGAACUCAAGGUCUUGGAGCUGUUUCUACUUUUCUAGAGAUUUCACACCAAUUUGGUGCUAUAAUACAAGGGGAGUGAAAGAUGGAUUGACAAGCAACAACUAUUUGGUUAUGAAAUUCAGUUAAUAUAAGAGGGAUAACACAAUGAGCAUAUUUCACAAUCCCUUUUACAAUAUGGGGAGAGGUGGGUUGAAGCCCCAGUCUCCCAGUCGUGAGGUUCAGGUCUGAGACCUGACCUGGUCAGUUUAUUUUGUUGUGUUCUUAGGCAAAACACUUUACUCUCUCAGUGUCACUCUCCACCCGUGAGUAUAAAUGGGCACUGGUGAAGUGUCAGAGAAGCCUGAUUAAAUGUCGGGGGGGGGGGGGUAAGUUUAAGUGGUUCACUUAAUUUCUAACCCUGCUAGUUAACAAACAUGAGGACUAUGUAUAUUUUUAACUUGAUUUUAUCCUCUACAUUUUAUAUAAUCUUAACUUAUUUUUCUUUUCUCUUGACUAUCUUUUAUUACCAAUAUUGUUAUAAUAUAUGUGCAUAUGGACUUUUAUAAUUUUUGGAUGCAGGUCCACAUCAGCCCUUGGCUGGCAUAUUAUGUAACAUAACCUGCUUUAUCAAAUAAACGUAUGUAUGUACGUAUGUAUGUAUGUAAGUGUCUAACUCUUGAUAAUAAGUUCCAA